AUUGACUGUAGAUAGAUUUUGCCUUCUACCUUUUUCCUUCUCCUCCUUUCUCCACCCCCACAAGUUCUAAACGGUAAAUCUCCGGCUUUUCUCUUCUCACCUCCGCCGUCGUUGCUGUUCUCUUUUCUCCACCACGACAAUUUUUCCUGCUCUCGAUAACGCUACAGCUCCGGUGCUUCCCCAUUUCGUUACAGCAGGUAAUUUUGCGCGGCGAUGGCGCAUUGUUGGUGGCUAAUUUAGGGUGUUUCAUGGCAAAAAUUAGGGCUUGCGAGUUUCCUUGGUGAAAUCUGUAAUUUGGUGAUGGCAUAUUUUGCGUCCGGUGAGCUCGAAAUCUGCUCUGGAUGGUGAUUUCAGAUUCCGAUGAUUGAAAGUCCAGCAAAAAUCAUAUAAAUAUUAGGGCUUGGGAGUUUCGUUGGUGAAUUAUACGAUUUGGCGACGGCAUAUUCUGCCUCCGGUGAAAGUCGAAACUGGCGGCGGAUGGUGAUUUCAGAUUCCGACGAGUGAAAGAGCAGCAAAAAAUCAUACAUCAAUCACAGGUUAUUUCCGUGAAAACCACAUUUCUCUUUAUAUUAUCGAAAUUCCCAACACUCUUAUCUGGUUUUCUGCAAAUUGCCCGCGUGGACAAUGUGAAAAUUUAAAUGUACCCUUUUUCUCUCUUUAUUUACUGUAUUAAACAGACAAAUCUAGGAUACUAACAUAAUAUGUCGUUUAUGUUGUUGGUCGAGCCUUAAUUUUAGAUGAAUGAACGAGAAAAAGAAAUGCCAAGAUAAACGUCCAUUCGUGGUAAAAAUUUUGAGGUAUUGCUAGAUUCUUGUAAAGAAAGUUCUGAUCGCUCCAGUAUUUUAAAAUUUUCAAUGGUUUUUUUCCCUACUCCUUCUCUAUGGCUCGUUUUAUUGAUUAAGGUUAGGCAUAUUUGUUGUUUGUCUUCUUGAAUCUCUUAGUAAGCUUUAUCUUGUAUUCUCCUGAUUUACUUAGUUAGUUAUUUGUACUUGUCCGUUUAAGUUGAAAUUAUGAAAGCAUUACCUUACUUGUUAAUAUCAGUUUCCUCAUCUCAAUCUUCGAUUGUUAUUAGUUUUGUAACAAGAAUGGACAUGAGUUGUGCAAAGCAUCGUGUCUUUGGAAAACCAAAGAAGAUGAUGGCUUCUGAUUCUCAAUUCAGGAAGGUGAGUGAUCAGAUAAUCCCUGAUGUAUCUGUAAUUUCCGGUUGUUCUUUUUUUUUUUUUUUGGUUAUAUAAGGUUAUUUUGCUAAUCUAUCCAGAAAGAUGUUCCUAAAUGUAUUUGAUAAUUCUCUCUCUAUGUUUUUAAUGAAUAAAUGAAGUGUGCCAAAAGCCAGCAGUUCCUGGAAGAUUUACCAUCCGAGAUUCUGGUUCACAUUCUAUCUUUUAUGACACUGAAAGAAGCUGGAAGAACAAGUGUGCUGUCAAAAAACUGGGUUGGACUUUGGAGGUUUGUUGUUCAGCUCGAUUUCGAACCUUCUAAAGAUUCAGAAUAUAUUGUGGGCACUCCUCUCUUCAAUGAAAUGAGAGGUCAGUAUGUCGAAUGGGUCAAUAAGGUGUUGCAGUCACACAAAGGCUUCAGGAUUGACAAGUUCAGGAUUUGUUUUGAGUUGAACAGGUUUUUCCAAGAUGACAUUGAUAAAUGGGUUCACUAUGCAUUUUCAAGGAGAGUGGAAAGGCUGGAAUUGAACUUGUUAGAUAAAGGCUGCCCCAUGUACGCUACGCAAGAACAUUAUCAUUAUAAUUUCCCUACCAGGCUCCUCCUCGAUGACAAUAGCAAUGGAAGCGACGAAUCAAGCAUUCAUCAUUUUGCCGGUUUUCAUCAGUACUAUAACCUUAGAUCCUUGAGGUUAGGAAGUGUAAACGUGACUGGGGAGGAUAUUCAUCUUUUCUUGAACAAAUCUCCUUUUUUAGAACAUCUCACAGUGCAGGGCUCCUGCUCCAAAGAUAUGUUGAGUGUUGUAGUUUUGGGUCCAUCUCUUGCAUUAAAACAUCUGGAGAUAACGUACUGUCAGUAUUUGCAAUCUAUCAUUGUGCGGGAUGCACCUCAUCUUAUCUCAAUCAAUUUUACUCGAGUGAGUAAUUUGGUGCUAGAAAAUGUUCCAAGGCUUGUGGAUGUGUGCGUUUCUGAAUGGUUGUUUAGAGAAAUAAUUCCAAAGCUUAAAACCAGCUGCUUGUCCAGAGUGGAGGUUCUUAGCUUAAGUCUCGCUCAUGAUGAUCUUGUUGACAUAGAGGUUAGUACAUCUAGACAUGGUCUCCGUUUAAGUUCUUUUCUUUCAAAUGGUAUUUUAUUCUGGUUUCACCAUAAAUCCCAGGGAAAAACAAGGGUUCUUGAUGUUCCCCAGCUUACUGCAGUGAAGCAACUAAUCGUAUAUGUCAAUCCAUGGAGAGACAACGACUUUAUUCAUUUAUCAUCUUAUUUAAUAAACUUAUCGCCCAACUUGGAGAAGUUUGUACUGAAGAUUUUUUGGAAUGUAGAUCUGCUUGUUAACAACAAAGGACUCCCGAGCAACAAACAAUUCCCGAGAGGAAUUGAGGAAAUAGUUUCAGGUGAUCGCCGCCGCUGCCGUCCUUUAGUCAGCAAACACCUUAAAGUUUUUGAGUUUCGUGGAUAUUUAGGUAGAAAAACAAAUGAUAAAUUAGUCAGGUAUUUUUUGAAAAAUGCCACAGCUCUGGAAAGGAUCAUUGUUGACCCUCGUGACCAAUUGGUGUUUGACGCACUCUAUGAAAGUUCCAGGUAUCCUGGAACGGAAAAGUUUGCCAGAAAUGCAGCGGAGACAAAGCUUAGGCGAUUAAUGCCUUCAUCCGUUGAAUUCCUGAUUCCUUAAUUAAAUAUUACUACAAUUAUGUAGCAGGAUAUGCGUUCGUCCAUGGACUCCUUUGUUCUUGUCUCUAUUUGAGUGGGUUUGUUAGCCAAAUUUAUUAUUUUGACUUUUAUUGAAAAGAUUAGUGGUAGUAUUUGAAAUCAGAUUAUUGCUUUUGUGGUACAUAAUACUUUAUCGACUCAUCAAUAUAUGCUAUAAGACAG